GGGAGAGGAGACUUUUUUGUUUGAUUAUUUAUUGGAAAAUUGAUUGAGUUUCGAUCUCGAAUGGGUUUCGUUGUCGCCAUCCACCACGACUUCUUCUUCUCCCUUUUAUUAGUUUUCUUGUAGUAGCCGCCCUCACUUUCCUGUUCCUAUAUUUUCUCUCUCUAGAUUCUCUCUCUAUAUCUCUCUUUGUAGCUUCCAACAAUGGCUUUGACCUUUUGCGUUUAUCGCUUGUUUACAACACGUUUGUUGAACGACCAGCUGAUUUGUAGCGGAAGAGAACCAAGCUUAGUCACCGCACCACUAUUCUCUAACUCUAUCUCUUCUUCUUCUUCCUGGCUAUAAGCUCUUUCUCUCUCUAAAAUGAUGCCGUGGUCAGCAAGCGAGUGAAUUCAAAACCAGAAACAUAAAAAAACCCAGCUUUCAAUAAACGAAACAGAGUUCUUCGUUUACUUCUCAUAUAUUUGAUUUUCCUUUUUUGUACAGCUUAUUCAUCUAUAAUUAAGUAGCGAACUCAGUUGUUUUUUCUUUUCUUCACAAGUUUCUUUAGAUUUUUAGGCGCUGUCGUUGUAAAUUUCAUUCGUUAUGAUCGGUUGCUUCAUCAUGGUAUUUCAUGAAUUCGACGAUUAUUGACUUGGUGUGUCUCACAACAAGGCCACUGAUCAUCAAAUCAAGGUUUUAGAGCGGUCCCUUUUGAUCCCCAUCAGUUCCCAGAAAAACCUGCUUGCCAUAACCGUACUUUCAAAAACCCAAUUCAAGUUGGGAUGGACUACAAAUUCCCAGCUGAGGACUCCAUUCAUAUGGAGUCAACUGUCAACAGUUCAUCCAGAAGAAGCAUUUCUUCGUAUCAGUCCAGGACCUCAGCUGCAAAUUCCACCAGGGAAGUGAAUUUCGCUGAUCUGGGUCCGAAGCCGGUGAGGUAUGGAUCCAGAGCAGCAGAUUCCGAGGCGUUUAGCAUGUCAGUGAAGGAGAUUAAUGAUGAGGACGCGAGGUUGGUAUACAUUGAUGAUCCUGGGAAGACCAACGAGAGAUUUGAAUUCGCUAAGAACACGAUUAGGACGGGAAAAUAUUCCAUCUUUACAUUCUUGCCAAGAAAUUUGUUUGAGCAAUUUCAUAGGGUCGCAUACAUAUAUUUUCUUGUGAUAGCUGUGCUCAAUCAGCUACCUCAGCUGGCGGUUUUUGGCCGGGCAGCUUCCAUUAUGCCUUUGGCCUUUGUCCUUUUAGUUACUGCAGUUAAGGAUGCAUAUGAAGACUACAGGCGGCAUCGGUCUGAUCGAAUUGAGAACAACAGAUUUGCCUCGAUUCUGGUCAACAAUGAGUUCCAGCCAAAAAGAUGGAAGGAUAUUCAAGUUGGUGAAAUCAUCAAAAUCCAUGCAAAUGACACUAUUCCUUGUGAUAUGGUGCUGCUCUCGACCAGUGAUCCAACUGGGGUUGCGUAUGUUCAGACUAUCAAUUUGGAUGGAGAGUCGAAUUUGAAGACUCGGUAUGCCAAACAAGAAACACUGUCAAAGUUGCCUGAGAAAGAGAAGAUUAGUGGCUUGAUUAGGUGUGAGAAACCCAAUAGGAAUAUUUAUGGAUUCCAGGCAAAUCUUGAUAUUGAUGGGAAGAAACUGUCUCUGGGACCCUCCAAUAUUAUUAUUCGGGGUUGUGAGCUCAAGAAUACCGAAUGGGCCAUUGGGGUUGCAGUGUAUGCUGGCCGGGAGACAAAAGCUAUGCUCAACAGCUCUGGUGCCCCUUCUAAGAGGAGCCGGCUUGAGACCAGAAUGAACUUAGAGAUCAUCAUACUUUCUGUGUUUCUUUUUAUUUUGUGUACGGUUGUCUCUGUAUGUGCCGGUGUUUGGUUGAGGCGCCACAGGGAUGACUUGGAUUACCUCCCAUUUUACCGAAGAAAGGACUACUCUAAGGGGGAUGAGGAGAACUAUAACUACUAUGGGUGGGGAAUGGAGAUAUUUUUCACUUUCCUCAUGUCUGUUAUUGUGUUCCAGAUUAUGAUCCCUAUUUCUCUGUACAUUUCAAUGGAGCUUGUCCGAGUUGGUCAGGCUUAUUUUAUGAUCCGAGAUGCACAAAUGUAUGAUGAAGCCUCAAAUUCGAGAUUUCAGUGCAGAGCUCUAAAUAUAAAUGAAGAUUUAGGACAAAUAAAGUAUGUAUUUUCAGACAAAACUGGAACUCUUACAGAGAAUAAGAUGGAGUUUAAGUGUGCUAGCAUUUGGGGGGAGGAUUACAAUGGCAGCAAAGAGAGUUCAGAAGGUGAGCUCGCAGGUUUCUCAGUUCAAGUUGAUGGAGAUAUUUUGAGGCCAAAGAUGAAGGUGAAUGUUGACCCAGAGCUUCUACAACUUGCAAAGAGUGGACGUAAUACUAGCAGAGGCGCACAAGUGCAUGAUUUCUUACUUGCCUUGGCAGCUUGCAAUACAAUUGUUCCUCUUGUGACAGAUACAUCUGAUCCUGCUGUGAAGUUGAUGGAUUACCAAGGGGAGUCUCCCGAUGAACAGGCAUUGGUUUAUGCUGCUGCAGCCUAUGGAUUUAUGCUUGUAGAAAGAACCUCAGGGCAUAUAGUUAUUGAUAUCCAUGGACAAAGGCAAAGGUUCAAUGUUUUGGGUUUGCAUGAGUUUGAUAGUGAUCGUAAGAGAAUGUCAGUCAUACUAGGGUGCCCGGACAAUACUGUGAAAGUUUUUGUAAAAGGUGCUGAUACGACAAUGUUUAGUGUAAUUGAUAAAUCUGUAAACUUAAAAAUAGUACGUGCAACAGAAGGUCAUCUUCAUGCUUACUCCUCAAUUGGUUUAAGAACACUUGUUGUUGGGAUGAGGGAACUAAGUUCUUCAGAAUUCGAUCAGUGGCACUCUUCAUUUGAGACAGCAAGCACGGCUUUGAUUGGUCGGGCUGCUCUGCUUCGCAAGGUAGCUAGCAACAUAGAAAAAAAUCUUAGGAUACUUGGUGCCUCAGGAAUUGAAGAUAAACUGCAACAAGGGGUGCCUGAAGCCAUAGAAUCUCUAAGAACAGCUGGAAUUAAGGUUUGGGUUUUGACAGGGGACAAGCAAGAAACAGCCAUAUCAAUUGGCUACUCUUCUAGGCUCCUGACUUCCAGGAUGACCCAAAUUAUAAUUAACAGCAACUCUAAGGAUUCUUGUAGAAGAAGUUUACAAGAUGCAAUACUCAUGGCUAAGAAGCUUGUGACAGUGUCUGGGGUCACACACAAUUCUGAAGGAACCUCUGGAGAUGCUCUAACUCAAGUAGCCUUGAUCAUUGAUGGUACUAGCCUUGUAUAUAUUCUUGACAGUGAACUUGAGGAAGAGCUCUUUGAGUUGGCAAGUAAAUGUUCUGUGGUGCUAUGUUGCCGAGUGGCUCCAUUGCAAAAAGCUGGAAUUGUUGCCCUUGUAAAGAAUAGGUCUUCUGACAUGACACUGGCCAUUGGAGAUGGUGCUAAUGACGUUUCAAUGAUUCAAAUGGCUGAUGUUGGAGUUGGUAUCAGUGGCCAAGAGGGCCGACAAGCUGUGAUGGCAUCAGAUUUUGCAAUGGGGCAAUUCAGAUUCUUGGUUCCCCUUUUGUUGGUCCAUGGACAUUGGAAUUACCAGCGAAUGGGUUACAUGAUUUUGUACAAUUUUUAUAGGAAUGCAGUAUUUGUUCUUGUUUUAUUUUGGUAUGUGCUCUUCACAUGUUUCACUUUGUCGACUGCAAUCAAUGAAUGGAGCAGCGUGUUGUAUUCUGUGCUCUAUACUUCAGUGCCUACUAUUGUUGUUGGAAUUCUUGACAAAGAUUUAAGUAGAAGAACUCUUUUACAGUAUCCUCAACUCUAUGGUGCUGGUCACAGACAAGAGAGCUACAACUCAAAAUUGUUUUGGCUAACAAUAAUUGACACAUUGUGGCAAAGUAUAGUUGUCUUCUUUAUCCCUCUUUUUGCAUACUGGGGAAGCAACAUUGAUGGAUCCAGUAUGGGGGAUCUUUGGACUAUUGCAGUGGCUAUUUUGGUUAAUUUGCACCUGGCCAUGGAUGUUAUUCGUUGGACUUGGGUUACUCAUGCUGCUGUUUGGGGAUCAAUCAUUGCAACCUGGAUUUGUGUCAUGGUCAUUGAUGCUCUACCGUGGCUAGUUGGUUAUUGGGCGAUCUUUGUGAUUGCAAAGGACAAGUUGUUUUGGUUCUGUUUGCUUGGAAUCAUCGUAGCAGCACUUCUGCCUCGUUUUGUUGUAAAGUUUCUUUAUCAGUAUUAUAGCCCUUGUGAUGUUCAGAUUGCCAGUGAAGCUGAGAAGUUUGGCAAUCCAAGAGAGUUAGGUGCUGCACAAAUAGAAAUGAAUCCAAUCUUGGACCAUCCACAGAGAUGACAAGGUGAUUUUUGUUCUUUCGUGUAUACCUUCUAUUUCAUUUAUAUACCUUUAUUUAUUCUUUAGGCUGCUUUAGAGUCUCUUUUUCUUUCUCUUGGUUGCCCGAUUUUCAUUUGGUGCUAUCCGAAGGAUAGAGUAUCCGAUAGCAGUAGGUUUAUUUAUAUUCCACUUCUCUUGUAGUUUGCAUACAUAAUGUAAUGUAAAUCAGCGGUGUGUACAAUGUAAAUGAGUUCCAAUUAGUCAAUUGUAAAAUUAAAUUUACCAUGAAAGAGUUAAAACAAGAUUUUUUUCCC